AUGUCCACCCCACCGAAACCUGUGUCAAUUUCGUAUGAUGGAGACGGUGAGCCGGUCACCUCAUCCAGUUGGAGGACGAGCGAAUGGCCUGUGGAAACCGGCAUUCUGAUAGAGUGCUUGAUACCCCAUCUUCUACACGCACAGUCUCCUCCACCAUCGGAAGCAAGCGUGACGGAGCCGCAGACAGCUUUGGAGUCACCGAGCCGUGGAGACAUAAUGCUAAAUAAACUACCGAUGGAAAAUAAUGGCUUGACGAAUAUGUCGGAUGCCACGUCGAGUUCCAUGCCGAACAAUACUUUUCAAGAUUGUUCUGUUGAAAAUGCGAUUUCGAGCGAGCAAAUUAACCAGCGUACGUUUCUUUCAUUACCUUAUCACAUCGUUUCGCCUCCACCGGUGAUGAAUAUUACUCCGCUCGGCAGAGUUCUCAUUUCUCCAAUUCAUCGUGGUCCUCUGUCACCAGUGGCGAUGAGAGAAUGGUGGAAUGAUGUGCGUAAAUGCCCAGUCAUAUAG